AUGGAAAUGUAUCAAAAUGACAAGAUGAUGUGUACUAAACAGGACUGCAAGCAUACUCAAUUGCGCUUGUUAGAUAAACUAAAUGAUGACCAUAUGAUUCCCAACGAAGUAAAAAAAUUAAGCUCAAUACACUGGAUAUCGAAUGUAUUGAAGAGAACCUUUUCACUGAAAAUAUUCAAGUGCAAGCAGCAAAGGAGGAAUUAUAUGUUUACUCUAUAG